UGAAAUGCUAUCAAAUAAUGUAAAGUCUUUUCUACUUCUAAUUCCAGGGUUUAGGCCCCGAUCAAAAUUCCUAAAACCCUUACAACUGUUCUUCUCGAUCAGCUGCUCUUUCUCUGCUUCAACAAUGUCCGUUUUAGACAACUUGAAAGACAUGUACGAUGUCAAAUUGAAGCCACGGAUGCUCAGAACUAUCAUCAGAGAACAGUUUUCGGACGAAGAUCAUCCCGGUCGGCUCCCCUCCGGGCUCACAAAACUCAUCUCCCUCGUCCGAACUCACAAACUCUUAUCGGAAUCCUUCGAUGAUUCGGUAGAUAAAAAGCUCGUUGGGAGCUGGAAAUCUGCCGUUGAUGAAUGGCUCCACGCCGUGCUCAGCCUUGUUUCCUCCAAUAUGUCUAAUAAAUGUUGGACAGGAAUCUGUUUGCUUGGGGUGACUUGUCAAGAAUGUGGAGUUGACCGUUUCCUGGCAUCAUUCUCAGUUUGGUUCGACAAUACUUAUUCACACAUUCAGCCACCAGCAGAAUCUCAGUUUGUUAGGGUGGCUUCUCUUAACACAUUGUCAGAUCUAUUAUCAAGACUGGAUGGAUUACCUAAUGUAAAGAGAGAUGGGAGUUCCCUUGCUGGUAAACUUAUUCAACCGCUUCUGAGGCUGUUAAAUGAAGAUGAUUCAGAAGCUGUUUGGGAAGGAGCAGUUCAUUUGUUAUGUACCAUAUUAACUUCCUUUCCAGCUUCUUUUCAUCACUUUCAUGAGAAUGCUGAAGCUGCCAUUGUGUCCAAACUUAUUUCAGGAAGCUGCAGCUUCAAUAUGAUGAAGAAACUGGCAUAUUGUCUAGCAUUACUCCCAAAAUCAAAAGGAGAUGAUCAUAGCUGGUGCUUGAUGAUGCAAAAGAUCUUGUUAUUGAUUAAUGUUCAACUAAACGAUUUCUUCCAAGGUUUUGAAGAAGAAACUAAAGGUACUGAAGUUGUCAGAGCAUUGGUUUCUCCAGGAAAAGAUCCCCCACCUCCCUUAGGAGGUCUUACAUUGUUAGGCGAGGCCUUAGACAAGGCAAGAAAGCAAUUGCCAAUAUCCAGCAUCUCUGUGCUGAUACUAUCUUGUUGUAUGAUGCUUACAAGCCCAUAUCCUGUUCAGGUGACCGUUCCUAUUGUUCCAUUAUUAGCCCUUGUUCAUAGGGUGAUCAUGGUCGAUGGCUCUGUUUCACGUGUUGCAUUGCCCUUUAUGACCGAAAUGCAACAAGAAUUUGUUUGUUCAGAACUUCCAUCACUGCACUUGUGCAGUUUGGACUUACUAACUGCAAUAAUUGAGGGCACACGCAGUCAACUAUUACCACAUGCUGCCUAUAUUGUGCGACUUGUUAAACAGUACUUUAAGAGAUGUACAUUGCCAGAGUUAAGGAUAAAGUUAUACUCAAUUACAAAAUCAAUGGUGUUAUAUAUGGGUGUUGGAAUGGCACUAUACCUCAGACAGGAAGUAGUUGACUAUGCAUUUGUUGAUUUGCAUCCGGUUGAUGAUGACAGUGGCAUCACAGUUUCUAUUCCAAAUUCGAAAGCUGCUUCUUUAGCAGUGGUGCAAUCUAAUCAUAGGAAAAGGAAGCAUGGUACCACUGGAUCUUUUGAACAGAAAAAUGACAAAAUUGGUUUUGAAUUGGUAUCACCAAAAAAACGCCAACAAUCUCCUAUAUCUCUGAAGAUUGCUGCAGUUAAGGCAAUAGAAGUUCUUCUAACUGUGGGUGGCAGUUUGAGAUCAGAGUCCUGGCGACCGAAAGUGGAUUUUCUUUUGAUUUCAUUAGCAACCGAUUGUUGUAAAGAGGGGUGGAGCAAUGGGGAGAAGAGUACUUCCUCUCCCAAUGGUCCAACUGUCACUUUGGCAGAGUUGCAGCUUUCAGCAUUGCGUGCACUUUUGGCGUCUCUUCUUUCCCCAUCUCGUGGCCGUCCCCCAUAUUUAGCCCGGGCACUAGAGCUUUUCCAUAGAGGAAAACAAGAAGCUGGAACAAAGCUUGCUGCAUUUUGUGCCCAUGCUCUUUUAACCUUGGAGGUGCUUGUACAUCCUAGGGACCUUCCAAUGGAAUGCUUUCCCGCUUCAAAUUUGAACUCUCCUGAUAAAGUUAGCAACAGAUUCCCAGAAAGUGUAUACUCAGGUGGUCAGAAUCACAACACUCAGUGUCCUCCUGAUUCAGACGAUGUUGAUGACGACUUGUAUGUCAAAUGGGGUAAUAACGAUACUGGUGAGGCUCCAGUUCUCAGCCCUAGUAAGAAAAUGAAGGGUAUUCCUUCUGACACCUUAGGAGCUCAUUGUGCUGGAAAUCAAUCUGUGGCUGGUUCAUCUGGCAAUAAAAUUUCAGGGGUAAGCAAGGAGCAAGUUGUUAUGGGGAUGAGAAGCAAUGAAGAUGAAGUUAUGGUUGAGUCACAGCAAUUUCAAGAAGCCACUGGGCAGUUUGAGGAACAUGUGACUGGGGAUCUUAAAGGCCCUGAACUGGGAACUGAGAGAACCAUGCUGGAUGGUGGUUUAGAUGUCAACGAUCAUGAAAUAGCAUCAAGUGAGGAUUUGUUGACAGACAAGCAAGAUGGGUUUAGUAAUGCAGGUGGAAACAUUGCCGGCGCACCAUCUUCUAGCAAAGGUAAGUCAUCUGUAUGUGAUUUGAAAGAUGACUCGUCCAUGGAUUCUUUUCCUGAUAUCGUACAUGGAGAUCCUGAUUCUGAUGUGGAGGAACUAGGAUGAGAUUUUAAUCAAUUUAUUUAACUGUCAAAAGGAGAUAUUAUCUGUUAAAGUUUAGAUAUUCCAGUCUUGAGUUUUUAUAUCAUAACGCAAAUGAAGUUAUAUAGACUAUGGAGUGUAAGCCCAUAUCAGCAAAUAAUUCCUUUUUAAUUUUCAUUUUUAAUAAAACUAUGUGCACAAAUAAUAACAUGUCAUUA